AUGUCUCAAGAUCCUCGCAACGCCCUCAGCGCCCUCCUCAGGGCCGCUGAUAUCCAAGACCACGAACAGAUUCUCAACGCCGCCAACGCCGCCAUCAAGGCCGACAAGAGCGACUAUGCCGCCCAGCACACCAAAGUCGUCGCUCUCCUAAAGCUCGAUCGCUUCGACGAUGCCCUCCGUGUCAUCAGCGGCGGCGGGAUCAAGCUCCAGGCCACGUGCAUCCUCGAGCAGGCAUAUGCGCUUUACAAGACCAGCAAGCUGGAGGAGGCGUCUAAGCUGAUGGAGACGGCUGGCCUGGAGAAACGCAGCCUUCGUCAUGUCGCCGCUCAGGUCGCCUACCGGGCCGAGAAGUCUCACGAGGCCGAAGCCAUCUAUCGCAACUUGCUGGACACAGACGCUGCCGGCGAGGAGAGCGACCUCAGAAUCAACAUCACCGCUGCCGUUGCCCAGUCUCAAUGGCAGGGCCUUUCGUCCUCUAGCCCCGAGUCCGCCCCCGACUCUUUAGAUACCUUUGAGCUGCGCUACAACAUGGCUUGCCGCGAGCUUGCACGAGGAAACACGAGUCUUGCUGCUACCCUGUUGCAGCGCGCUGGUAUCCUAUGUGACAACUCGGACGAACUCACCGAUGAAGAGAAGAAGACGGAGCUGCGAUCCAUCCGUGCUCAGCAGGCAUAUCUGUUUGCCAAAAUCGGGAAGCUCAGCUCAGCUUUGGAAGUGUAUGAAAUGCUGGGCCCUGCGACUGCCAAUGAUGGCCGUGAUUUUGCCGUCAUUACGCAAAACAACCACUUUGCCUUGGAGGAAACUGGCAACCCGUUCGUACGCCAGCGCAAGGCGGAGUCUUUAAUGGCAUCAGCAGCCCAGAGCGAUCUCUUCAGCUACCAAGCCAACAUUCUCAAACGCAACAACCUCGUCAUUGAUCUCGGGGCCUACAAGACCAACGGUGUCGCAGACAGGACAGAAAAGAUCCUGAGACAGACAACGCUUCCUUCGACAAACUCGCAAAUCAACGCAGCGGCCAUCAUCAACGCAGCUGCCCACACGCAAGGACUGGACAGCAAGGAGGCGCUCCGCAAACUACAGGCAGUGGUGGCCAAGCGUCCCAACGACGUUGGCCUCACCUUGACCAUUGUCCAGCUGCAGCUUCAGCAGCAACAAGCCGGCGCCGCCUUGACGACUCUCACGACUUUCCUCUCCCGCCUAGAGUCUUCCGGGGAGGUGAACGACACAGACGUCCGCUUCAGCCCCGGUCUGGUUGCUCUUGCAGUCUCCUUAUUCCGAUCACAGAAGCGAGAUGCUUCGGCCAAGGCUGAGAUUGUCAAGGCUGCCCAGUACUGGCAGAACCGCCCAUCCCAGUCGGUUGGGUCGCUUCUUCUCGAGGCCGGGAUCGAGCUCAUGCGAUCAUCCAAGUCAGACGACCUGCUGCUGGCGGGUUCAUCGUUUGACAAGCUAUUCUGGGAACAGCAGGGCUCUGAUGUGGCAUCCGCCGGACUAGUCGCCGCCUAUGCAGCGUCAGACGCGUCCAAAGUCAGAGAGCAUGCCGACCGGCUGCCGCCCGUCCACGACUUGAUCAGCGGCAUCGACGUGGACGAGCUCUUCGCGGCUGGCGUGGCCGCCACCCCCGGCAGCGCCGUCUCCAAGAAGCGCCCAGCGGCGACGGAAGAAGGCAACGCCGAAAGGGCAACCAAGCGGCGGCGGAGAAAGCUGCCCAAGAACCUCGUCGAGGGCAAGGCGCCCGAUCCGGAGAGGUGGCUGCCCCUGCGCGACAGGUCGUCGUACCGCCCCAAGGGCAAGAAGGGCAAGAAGAGAGCCGGCGAGGCUACUCAGGGAGGCAUGGUCAAGGAGGAGGAGACGCUGGGGCUCGUGGGCGGCGGCGGAGUCAAGGUGGAAAAGGCCGCGGCGCCCUCGUCCAACAAUAAGAAGAAGAAGAAGGGCAAGAAAUAG